UCGCUCUCGCUCACAAGAAAGCUCAUUGUAAUUUAUAAUCUAAUUAGUCACUAAUUACUACAUAUAUCGACCAUCUAUGGACAUCAAGAAAACCAAAGCUCCUUCCUCAUCAUCUGCACCUUCUUCAUUUGAUCAUUUGUUUGGUCCUAAAGGAUCAGCCUCUGCUUCGUCUUGUUCAACUAUACUUGACUCAAUUUUCCCUCCUCCGGUAGCAAACAAGAAGGGAAAUCACACUGCUCCUGAAGUUCAAAAUGAGAGAAGCAGCCAUGAAAGAAGAGAAGCUUCCUAUUUCAGCUCCUCCAUCUACUACGGAGGCCAGCAACACUAUUCACCUCCACGAACUGAUGCCUCCUCCACUUCCCCAUCUCAUCACCACCCUAAAGUAACUGAUGAUCGCACUGACACCACAACGGCCUCUGCUUCCAGGGGAAAUUGGUGGAAAGGUACAUACUAUUUCAUGCCUUAA